AUGAUCCCAUCUCGGUCUCUCCUGACAGGCCUCCUGGCCUUGUCGACCAGCUCUUUCACCGCAGCUCUCCACUCACGCUCCAUCAUACCGCCAGAGGGUUGCCCCAUCCCCACAUGGACUGUGAGCACGUUCCACUGGUACAAUGGCUCCCACAGCCUUGACUGCAUCCACAACGAGGUCGAUCGCAACACGCAAGGAUGCCUCUGCGGCCGAGCAUGGUGUGAUCCGAAUCCUGCGACCUGCAACGGGUCCAUGGUGAACGUCUGCUGGACCGGAAUGCCCAAUUAUGAGCCAUGGGGCUACGGCCCGAAGCAGACCCUCGAUAUCGACUUCGAGGAUGGUCUGACGUGCCAUGAUGAAUACAUCGGAUACCGCAUCCAUGAUAUCGCCCACGGCGAGACCAAUUGCGGCUAUGCGGAUCGUGGUGCGGGCCGCAUUGUUUCUUUCUAUGGAUCGUCGAACGAAGCUAGUUCGACCGGUCACAUGGAUUAUACCCUUGGCAGUGGGCAUGCGCUUAAGUGUGCUAAUGGAAGCUCUAUCACCUAUUAUGGAAGUGUGGAUUUCCCACUGACAUGUACGCAUGAUUCGUACUUCAACGCGACCUGCACGGCACCGGUGUUUGAGAUUCCCGUUUUAGAUUACUCAUGGGUGUCUUGA